AGGUGUACUGGAAUUAUGUCACACCAUGUGCAUUGAAUUCCUUGUCCCAUAGAUGUCAGUACUUACAGAAACUGGAUCUGUCAUGGUGUGGAAGUAUGCAAGUGUUAAGACCUGCUGAUUUUAUCAGUUUCAUUACUCGUUGUGGAAAGCAGUUAACGCAUUUAAGACUGAAUUCAUGCAAAUUUAUUGAUGAUAGGUGCAUUUACAAGAUCUCCAAGUAUUGUGGAUGUUUACGAGAACUAGGGCUGGAGAAUUGUGUAACUGUAAAUGGAGAAGCUUUUCGUACAUUGUCUUGCCUACAUAAUUUGGAGUACCUGAAUUUUUAUCGAACAACAAUUGAUAAUGGACCAUUGCAAGAAAUAUUGAUGGCAUCUCCACAUUUGAAGCAUAUUAAUCUUGGCUCAUGUCUCCGAAUAACUAAUAUGGAUGACGUGGCAAUAACCUUAGGUGCCUUUAAUUCAGAGUUAGUGUCAGCAGACUUUUGGAAGACAUACAGUCUAACUCCUGCUGGUGUGAGAGCUUUGGCUCGUUGUAGCAAAUUGGAAGAAGUGGAUCUCGGUUGGUGCCUUGGGUUUGGUCCACCAGGUGAUAGCCUGCAUGCUUUAGCAAGAGGAUGCCCACGUUUAAAGAAACUUUUUUUUGCUGCUUUGAGAGGGGUAACAGAUAGAGACCUGGAACCUUUCAUUGAGCUUUGCCCUCUUCUGGAACAAGUGGAUUUGUUAGGAGUAAGGAGUAUUUCUCCAGAUCUCUGUGAGAAGAUUUUGAAGAAUUGCCAAAAUCUGAAACUUCUUGAUAUUAGUUUCUGUGACCAAAUUUUGAAGAGUCAGGUAGUUGUUUGGAAACAUCAAUAUCCAUCAGUUUGUAUCAAGAGAAGCUUUCAAAAUCCUGGAGAUGAUCUCGCAUAUCAAAUGUGAUAAUCCAACAUAAACUGUGAUCCCAUAUAUUUAAAGUUUGAUUUAUAUUGUUAAAAUUUUUGUCCUAAGCUAUGAAAAAUCAAUAAAGUAUAUUAUUUUCACAUAUUUCAAUGUGUGUAUCAAUGUUUGAGUAAUGCAAGAAUUGGAAAAAUGAAGUUUUCUCUGCCCUGGAAGAGGCAAAAGUAGUGGUAUCAUGGUAUUAAAGCCAUAUUUUCUUUCACUCCAUUCUUGGAAAACUGUUUCUCACAGAGUUCUUGUGUUUUGAUGAUAGACCUG